CCUUAUUCUCACACACCGUGCGAGCGCAAAGUCUUGGAGCUUUUCUCAAGGCUCCUUCUGCUCCUGGUCUUGAACCACCAGCAUCGAAACCUCGCCUGUUUGCGCCGCACUUUCAGCUUUUACAUAGCGUGCGUGGACAUCGUGAUCAUUCAUUCAGUUGCUCUUACUUCUCCGCAUAUAAACGAGCAGACAACGUGGCAUUCACUCGACUGCUCUGACUUCGCACGGCAUACAUACGAGCAGACAACGCGGCAUUCAGUUGCUCUCACCUCGCACAGCAUACACACGAGCAAACAACGUGGUGUCCAGUUGCGCUCACUUCGCGCAGCGUACAUACGAGCGAACAACGCGAACUUUACUCAGGCCAAGGAUCUCUUACGUGUCCAAGCAAACAACGUGGAGCGAGGCUCUUCGCGCUGAUCAUGGCUACUUCUUCUACAGGCGAAAGUCUCGAGGCCCGUGUGGCAAACUUGACCGACAAAAUCAAGGUGGCAGAAUAUGAGUCUCGCGCCCCCUUGUCCAGACACCUGGCCAGCUUUCCCUCAUUGAAGGCUUUUUGUUGGGAGAGGUUACGGAGUCGGAACGAGGCUGUAGGUUCCAGCGACGCAGACGAGGAUGGAGAUUCCGACGAUGGAUAUGCGCCUCUUUGGAAUCAACUGAAUCUGGUCCAUCUGAGCGACAAAGAUCGCGCCUUCAUUCAGGAAUAUGAAGGGCCAUGGACCAGAAUCAGCCGAUGCAACCGCUUCGAGCGUUGGUCGCGCGAAAUCUUUCACGGAGUACAAGAGAAACAAGGGUCAAUCGCUGGCGAUGCAAGGAUCCGCGACGAAAGAGUGCGAUCCUUCCUUCUUUCGACCGCUGUUGAAGAUGAAGAAUCGGUCCUUCAUCACAUGCAAGUGAACACAGAGCGAAGAGCCGAAUGGGAAAACCAUCUUGAGGAGCGCUUCGAUCAGCUCGCUGACCCCUGUGUCCAGGCGAUGGAAGAGCUGGUCGAUUCUCCUCACGCAGUCGAUUCCGACAGCGAGGAUGAGCUCUGGCGUAUUGGCGGCAAUGUGCUUGAUGCCCGAGUGAGGCUUUGGGAUAGAAUGCGGUUGACGUAG